UCUACUACUGUUUAUAGUUAACUCAAAGUACAACUCAUCUCUAAAAGGUCCGUAUGAAUUAGCCCAGUGGGCCUAAGGUCCGUAUAAUAGAAGAUUCUUCUCUCUGGGAGAUCGAGAAGCUGCGCGAAGCGUCUGAUCGCCAACGCUGUUCAGGUGACUUGAGCAUACGGCCAUGGCGGGCGGUGGGAACUUCAUGAACAGAGUCGUGUCGUACCUCGUCAAUGAGCUUCUGGUCGAUAGCCUCGCCAACAGCCGUGCAUUCCAAAGGUUUGCUGUGAAAACAUCGAAGAGGAUUGAAGAUAUUCAAAAUAUUGCUGCAAAGAAGAAGGAACAGCUUGCUGAGCAGAUGAAGGAUUUCUCGAAGAACAUGGAAGAUUCUUUCAAAGAUGGUCGAUGAAGGGUGAUACCUGAGCGGUCGUUGGCCUGGUUUUGCAAACAUGUGUGUACAUAUGGAAUCAUAUUCCUUUCUUUCUCCACUGCCUUUAAGAGUGGAGUCAAAUUUUGAGUUUUUAAGAUUUGCAUUUGAAUGCUUUUUAUGGGAUGACAAACGCUUUCUGCCAACCACAUGUUGAAUAUAAGUCCCAGUGCAUUGAGAAAACAAAAUACAGUAUAUGAGAAUGGUUUUACUUCUAGUAACACCGACACAUUUUGCGAUAAA